AUGCCGCGACAAGUCGGACAAAAUUUCAAUGAACUGUUUGGUUACAAAUAUGCUGCAGGAAAUCCUCAACCAACAUCCGGAAUUUCACCAGUAGGUGUCGAUCUUCUCCGACAUCUUCUAACGUUUAAUCAUUUUGAUCGGCCAACUGCUGAAGAAGCACUAGCUCAUCCAUUUCUGACUGGCUUUCAUAAUCCUGAGGAUGAACCGACUCUAGACUCAUUGGUUGACGAACAUCAAAAUGCAUGUUACAAUGUGGAAAAGUGGAAAAGUAUAAUCUGGGAACUAAUUCAACGGUUUGAGGAACCCGUAGUAGACGCUGACGAUGAUAACGACGAUAUGGAUACCGAUUCACAAAACAUACCAUAG